AUGCUCGGGUACGUUGAAAACAGCCAGGCUGAAACAGUGCUACAUUUUUUCUUGCUAAUGCAGCUCGAGGGAUGUUCUCCAGACGUGUGGACGCUCGUUUGCGAGCUCAAAGCUGGUGGAAGCUCGGUAGCCUUAAGGCUUGGCCGGAUACUUCACGAAGAGAUCACGAGCUUGGGGUUCCAGUUCCAGGGAGCCGUGAUCUCUUCAUUGGUCGAUUUCUACAGCAGCUGUGGGAACAUGGACGAAGCGGAGCUGGUUUUCAACUCGGUCUCGAGGAAGGAUGCUGUGAGUUGGAGCUCACUUAUCGCGGGCUACAGCCGCCAGGGAGACAGCGAUCGAGUGAUCCGGGCUGGGAUGAUCGAGCAAGGCAAAAAGUUUUUCCAGGAGAUGACGUCUAGGUGUGGAUUAGAUCCGGGCAUUGAGCACUACCACAGAAUGAUCGGCAUGCAGGCACAGCAGCUCGAGGAAGCUGUGGAGAUGGUGGAAGCUAUGCCGUUUGAAGCCACAAUGGUCACUUGGACGAGUUUGCUGGGUGCUUGCUCCAAGUGGAAGGAUGAGAGAGUGGAGAAGAUUGCUUGUGACAACAUCCUCUCUCUCCUGUGA